GUUACCUAAUUAACUUUCCACGUAAACCUGCUGCCUUAGAAGUUUAUCAGACACUUCCACAAUGUAGAGGGAUGAGUUCAUCAGGUUCUCAGGGAAAGCACUACCCUGAGGUAUAGAUAUUUUCAAGUCACAUGCAAUAUUCUGGGUGGUUAAGGUUCACCAUCUCCACUAUUCAUCUCUCUUCAGAACAUCUCCAUAGAGAGCAUCAGACCAUAUCUUAGUUUGACCUUGAUUUGCUGUAUGAAGGUCUCAACCAUCCUAUGCAACUGUAGAAGACUGGGAAUGAGUCCAGGACUGCAAGAAUUCAGGCAUGAGGACACUGUGCAGCAGGCUCACACAGGCAGACCCAAGAUGGACAGAACCUUGGAAUCCCUGAGACACAUCAUUGCCCAAGUCUUGCCUCACAGAGACCCCGCUCUAGUCUUCAAAGACUUGAAUGUUGUGUCAAUGUUACAGGAAUUUUGGGAAAGCAAGCAGCAGCAGAGAGCUGCAUUCCCAAGUGAAGGCGUGGUGGUCUAUGAGUCACUGCCGUCUCCAGGACCUCCCUUUGUGAGUUAUGUGACCCUCCCAGGGGGAAGCUGUUUUGGCAACUUUCAGUGCUGCUUAAGUAGAGCUGAGGCCAGACGGGAUGCAGCGAAAGUGGCCCUAAUCAACUCCCUCUUCAAUGAGCUGCCCUCUCGAAGGAUCACUAAGGAAUUCAUUGUGGAAAGUGUGCAGGAAGCAGUCGCCUCCACCAGUGGCACUUUGGAUGAUGCAGAUGACCCCAGCACCAGCAUUGGAGCCUACCACUACAUGUUGGAGUCAAACAUGGGGAAGACCAUGCUGGAGUUUCAGGAGCUGAUGACCAUUUUCCAACUAUUGCACUGGAAUGGAAGCUUAAAAGCCCUUCGUGAAACAAAGUGUUCCCGACAGGAAGUCAUCUCCUACUAUUCCCAGUAUUCCCUAGAUGAAAAGAUGCGCAGUCACAUGGCCCUGGACUGGAUCAUGAAGGAGAAGGAGUCACCAGGAAUCCUCUCUCAAGAGCUACGGAUGGCCCUGAGGGAGUUGGAGGAAGCCAGGAAAGCGGGACAAGAACUGCGGUUUUACAAAGAAAAGAAAGAAAUCCUUAGUUUAGCCCUGACUCAGAUCUACAGUGAUCUUGACACCUCCUCACCCAGUGAUGAUCAGCUGAGCCUAACUGCCCUUUGUGGUUACCACUAGCAAGGCCAAGUCCUGGCUGCCCCGAGCUUGGCAGAGGCCGGACUAACAUUAGAAAGCUCAGUGAAGGAGGUCCAUCCCAGGCUUUAGCAGCUACAGCUACUACCUGAAGGCUGUACUAAUUCUUCCCAUCCAUUCCAUUCACAGAAUUUGAGAGUAGUAGGACCCUUACAGGACCCAACAUCCCAAUCGAUGCAAUUUUCCCAUCAUGCUUUCAAGAGUUCCGCCUCUUACUGAAAGGAUGAAGGAAAGAUUGUUGGAAAAAUAUUUUCCCAGUUUGGCUUCAGCCUAAAGCCCUGUUGACAUGUGCCUUGCUAGAUUCUGUGUGUUGUUAUAAACAAUGGGCCAGUGUAGCAUCCCCCAAAAGAACAUCAGCCAGCAUUGGGGAAAGGAGCAUGAUAGCAAUUUUUAAAAAUA